AUGGCGGCGACGGUGCCGCCGGCAAAAGACAACCCGGGCAAGCUCGACCCGCCUACGGACCAAGUUGACAGCGACAUCGACGCGGAGGGUGAAGAGGAGACGGAUUUGUACCAAAUGGACCAGCAGCUUCAGGAUGCGGUGCACCGUGCAUAUAGCGGAGAAGAAGCCGAGGACAACGCUGACGGCGCGGACAGCGAAGCAAUGCGCGAUGACGCCAAUAGUGAUCAGUCAAGUGGCGACAACGAUGAGACCGAGCCGGUUGGCGCUGUGAAAGUCCCGGACGACGAGGCAUCAUCUGACGACGAGGAUGCGGACGCUGACCCGGCGUUUGAGGACGAAAUCGACCGAGACGCAUCCAAUGCGGAGUCAAGUGAAGGUGAAUCCGAAGCUGAAGAGGACUGGGAAGCAGAAAGCAAUGGAGGCGAAGACGCGGACGCAGAUAUCCGCAGCCGCGCAAAUUGCAUAUUCUGCACCCAAGACGAAGAACAUGAUCCGAGCGAAGACUUUGAAGAGUGGCUUACUUGUGUUGUUUGCGGAGACCACUCUCAUCGACAAUGCGCCCGUGAACAAGAAGCAUUUAAUGAUACUGAAGAUCCGUGGAAAUGUCCCACCUGCGUUCAAAACAAGCUAGAACCUGACCCCGUGGCGAGUCCCGCAUCGCAACAAAAAUCCGGGUCCUCUCAUCUUCCUAAAGAGCUUUUACCUGCACACAUGGGGAAAGAAGGGUCGGGGUUCCAUUCCAUAUUCGACACUACCAUCGAAGACGUUAAUAGCUCCCGGUCGCUGCGAAAGCGGAAAGCUUCUUCGGUCGAAGCGGAGGAACAUGUGCCUGUUCUUCGCAAACGACGACGCCAGACAGAUGCGUCUGAUGUGAACGAUACUCCCUUUGAGGAGGUAAACGGGGUGGUCGAUGGUCACUCUCCGGCACGGCCCAUGCGCCCUCGGCGAAGCCGUGCCACGGAACGCGAGCCUAUACGGGUAGUCUCCAGGCAUGCCGGCAAACUCGUGGUAGGCUUUCGCCUGGAUCAAGGCCAAGUGAGCAAAAUCCUCAGCAUUCCAAGUCGAUCGCAGCGCGACAGGAAAAAGAAGAAAAAAGGGCCAAAGCCGCCCCCUGUGCCACAAACACCUCAAGCUCACUUUGCUCCUAUUCCCCCAGCACCCUACAAUUCUUUCCAACCUUUCCAUGACCGAGACAUCGAUGACUCGAAGUCCAAACCUUAUGGUGGCAUUCUCUCUGAGGCCGAUGCGGAAACAUCCAGAACACUCCCUUUACAAGUCGACCGCGAAAAGUUUGAGCAGGCUCGCCAGAAAGCCGAAGAAGAAUGGCAACAGAAGGUUCGAGAUGCGGAACUCAACGGCGAGUCGACUACGAAUUAUAUCAACUUUGGUGGCUACGAGAUUGAGACCUGGUAUGCUGCUCCUUACCCAGAGGAGUACAGUCGCAAUCGUGUGCUUUACAUCUGCGAGUUCUGUCUCAAGUACAUGAAUUCAGAUUAUGUCGCUUACAGGCAUAAGCUCAAAUGUCCCGCGAAGCAUCCCCCCGGUGACGAAAUUUAUCGUGAUGGCUCAAUCUCGAUCUUCGAGGUCGAUGGGCGGAAAAACCCCGUCUAUUGUCAAAACCUAUGUCUUCUUGCUAAACUCUUCUUGGGCUCCAAGACUCUUUACUAUGAUGUUGAGCCAUUCCUAUUCUAUGUCAUGAGUGAGUACGAUGAUUUGGGAUGUCAUUUCGUCGGUUAUUUCAGCAAAGAAAAACGACCCAGCUCAGCAAACAACGUCUCCUGCAUUCUCACCCUCCCCAUUCAUCAACGCAAAGGUUACGGUAACCUUCUCAUCGACUUUUCAUACCUCCUUACCCGCAUCGAAGGCAAGAACGGUUCACCCGAGAAGCCACUUUCCGACAUGGGACUGGUUUCAUACCGCAACUACUGGCGACUGAUUCUGUCGUAUCAACUCCGUGAUUUGAAGACACCAGUCAGCAUAGCAGAUCUGUCCGACCGGACGGGGAUGACGGCAGAUGACAUUGUCUCCGCGCUGGAAGGGCUACGCGCCUUGGUGCGGGAUCCUCUUACUAAGACCUACGCAUUCCGUCUUGACACAAAUUAUUUUGAAGAAGUGAUCAGCAAGUGGGAGAGCAAGGGUUACGUCACGCUCAACCCCGAUGCGCUGCUCUGGACCCCGUACAUUAUGGGUCGGAACAACCAGUCGCACUUUGAUCGUGCUCCUCUCCAUGCUGUCGCACCUCGGGACGGCCUUGACGAGGAUGAGGAAGAAGAGGAAGAGGAAGAGCGCACUGGUUUGAAUGGCGGUGGUGCAGAUGAAACUGCUGGACCUCCUUCGACUAUGGCACUUACCAAUGGCGUUCACGCCGCCGAAAGCACCAAAAGCUCGGAACCUCCAAUUCCCAACCCAGCAGCUGGAAUUCCUCCCUCUCGGUUCGAAUUGUGGCCCCCUGUUCAUGUACCUGCUCCGAGCAAGAAAAAAAUUGGCCGUCCCCAUAAAGCAAACGGGUCCCGGCCCUCCAUGACACCGACGACCAUUCGGACAAGUGGCCGCAACACACCUCGCAGAGCCUCUGGGCUCCCUUACUUCACGCCUUCGGGUAGCGUUCGUCGUGGCCGCAGCACCAAGCUUGGCGACUCGCCAGCCAAGACCAACGGUAUCGAUGACGACGAGCCGGGCGGUCUCGACGAAGAGGCCAAUCUCGACCCGAGCCCUGAAGAUCUUGGCCUCAUGGCGCACGAAACCUCCGACGGUGACAAAGCUUCGAAGAUCAACGGUGACGAUGAGGUGCAAGACACCGUUGAGACGAAUGGUGUUGAGCACGAGGAAUCUACCCCCGAGGAAGUCCUCGAGGCCCCCAAGACACCCUCAAAGAAGUCCAAAUCUGCUUCACGUUCUCCAGGGACAGCAGUAUCCCAUCGAUCUAGGGGGAAACAAUCCGAGCAACACCCCAAGACCCCUCAGUCCUCUACGCGCAAAGCACUGGUGGAGAAGAUCCAAGUAGUGAUCCCCGCCGAGCCCGGAUCUGCCACGCGAGAGAAGAAAGUCAAAGCCACGGCGGAAGCAAACGAGUUCGACCCUGACGCCGACGCCGAGGGAGAGGAAGAUGCCGACUAUGAAGUAGACGGCGACGUGGUAAUGGAGACAUGA